CCCGCGCGGGGCAGCCCCCCGGGGAGGAGCCUCGUGCGCUGGGACGCGUGCCGCGCACUGGCACGGCUGGGGCGCGAGCCAGGCUGCACGAAAAUUCACUGCGUGCUGUCUUCGCUUGUUCUACAAUGAGUGCCAAAUCUGCUAUCAGCAAGGAAAUUUUUGCACCUCUUGAUGAAAGGAUGCUGGGAGCUGUCCAAGUCAAGAGGAGGACAAAGAAAAAGAUUCCUUUCUUGGCAACUGGAGGUCAAGGCGAAUAUUUAACUUAUAUCUGCCUGUCAGUGACAAACAAGAAACCCACACAGGCGUCCAUUACAAAGGUCAAACAGUUUGAAGGCUCCACAUCGUUUGUUCGGCGAUCACAGUGGAUGCUCGAGCAGCUUCGCCAGGUUAAUGGUAUCGAUCCUAAUGGGGAUUCGGCAGAGUUUGAUUUGUUGUUUGAAAAUGCUUUUGACCAGUGGGUAGCCAGCACAGCGUCAGAAAAAUGCACCUUCUUCCAGAUCCUCCACCAUACCUGCCAGAGGUACCUCACGGACAGGAAGCCUGAGUUUAUUAACUGCCAAUCCAAAAUUAUGGGAGGAAACAGCAUCCUCCAUUCAGCUGCCGACAGCGUGACCAGCGCAGUGCAGAAGGCAAGCCAGGCCUUGAAUGAGCGCGGAGAGAGAUUAGGCCGAGCAGAGGAGAAGACAGAAGACCUGAAGAACAGUGCCCAGCAGUUUGCAGAAACUGCGCACAAGCUCGCCAUGAAGCACAAAUGUUGAGAAACUGCCUAUUCUGGUGACCCUUCUUAAGAGAAACUGAAGAGUUUGUUCAGCAGUUUUUACAAGAAUUCGGGACCUCCGCUUGCUUCUUUUUUUCCAAUAUUUGGACACUUAGCGCGGUUGUUGUUUUUUCUUUUCAGAUGUUGAUGUGAAAGAAAGGGUGUUGCAUUUUUACAUUUCCCAAAUGGUCUUGCUAAUAAAUACUACAAUAGCAUCAGCUUCA